UCAAGAGCCGCCGCCAGUCGAACGAGGAGCCGGCUGGCCGUAGUCGGCGCGGCAGCCACCACGGCCUACACAGGUCACCGGAGGGCUCCAGCACGGGCAGCUCGCGAGACCCGUCACCGAACUCGUCCGUACGGCGCCAGUCUACCACCGAAGAGAUCCUCAUUGCCAAGGGCUUCCGCCGUCAGUCCACCACCGAGGACAUCCUGCGCUGCCGCAACUUCCGUCGCCAGUCAACGCUGCUGGACGAGCUGACGCGCUCGCGCGGCCGCCGAGACUCGGCCACCCAGAUCCUGGACGGUACAGUGGCCACGAUGACCGUGGAGGCCGCCAAUGUGUUCUACGACACAUCCACGCAGACAGAACCCAGUCCCCUGUAUGACAAUAACCAGUACCACGAGGAGUGUCUACUCUGCACGUGUGGUCAGAACCGACCGGGACCCAAUCAGAAGAGAAGCCGACGCCACCGGAACAACAUUUACUGUGACCUGCACUUCGCUGACCUGGCGCUGAUGGAGAGCUCCGACUUCAUGAACCAGCUGCGGGCGUUCAAGCCGCAGAGCCUGGGCUGCGCGGUGGCCCGCAGGAAGAGCUCCACCACGCUCAUCUUCCCGCUACCGCCGCAGGCGUGCUCAGACGAGUUCUGCCGUGGCUACCCGCACAACCUGCUGCCCACGCCCGGCUACUGGGUCGAGUGCGCCGGCCAGCCGCUGGAGGACGACGUGCUCUGGGACGCCGAUGAGGGCGAGGGCAGCGACGAACACGAGCACGAGUCCGAGCCGGCGCCCGGCAAGUGCGACCAGAACGUACAGGCGGGCUCUCAGGAGCGUGACGAGCCGUACUCGCCGGCGACGCGCCGCCUGCUGCGCGUGCCCACCAUCCGUGCCCCCAACCGGGAGAAGACGCCCAUCGAGGAGCAUUACGAGAAAUACGGCACGUUCGAGCUCACCUCGAUCGAGCAGGAGACGUUCGAGAAGUACUUUUACGGCACCGAGCACUGGAACUACUUCACGCAGGACGAGGACUUGGGCCCCAUCAUCCUCAGUCUGAAGCAGGAGACCAUCAACGGCCGCGACCAGUUCAGGAUCAUGGUGCGGGCCAUCAGUUACACGGUACACGGCCUGGUGCCGUGUUCCAGGAGAUGUUGUACGGCUUCUCGACCGGGUUCGGCUCACCCCAGGUGUCAGUAGCCGAUAUCCUAGCGCGCGCCGUGCCCACCCUGCAUAGUCCCUCGCACAAGCCCAAGAGCUCCAACUUCCUGCAGGUGCCGGACAUCGAGUCACCCCGGCCGAAGAGCGUGCCGAACUCACCGAUGGUGAUCAGAGCGUUCAGCCGUCUGGGCAGCAUCACCGCCGGCUGGGGGCGCACCAGCAAGAAGCCGCCCGAGGCGAGCCGACUGACCACCGACGAUCGCAAGAAGUGGUCCAGCAGUCAGGACUGUUCCGACAAACACAAGGUGGAGCGUCCGAGCAGCGCCCAGCAGCAGCACCAGCAGCAGCAGCAGCUGGCCGUCCCGCGGCUCUCCGUCUGCGCUGACGAGCAGAAGGUGGACCGCUCCAAACUCUGUCAGAGUGAGUUCACCAUCAUCGAGUUCGAGGCGGACACGUUCCGCGUGCUGCUGGACUACCUGCACCACGGCUCGUGCCCUCUGACCUGCACCAACGUGCCGGGACUGAUCUGCGCCGCCGAGCACUACGACCUGCCAGAGCUGCUGCAGGCCUGCUUCCACCACGCCAAACAGUUUCUGCGAGUACAGGUGGUAUGCGCCAUGCUCAGUGCCCUGGAGAACUACUACUGGAGGUACACGUCGGCGUCAGAGCUGGUCAACAUGAUACUCGCCUUCAUCGAGACCAGAGCUGCGCAGGUGUUCCAGUCGGGCGACUUCCUCGGCCUCUCGGAGUCCAUGGUGCAGAUGAUCAUGUCGCGCAACCUGGAGACGCCCGAGAUUCGCAAGUUCGAGGUGAUGCUGCAGUGGACCAAGCACAAGGUGCGCACCAAAGCGCCGAGCCGCGUGGACGCGCGCAUCGAGUUCAAGUGCACGAUGGAACGGCUGACGCGCGACCUCAAGCUGUACCGCAUCUCGCCGCAGGAGCUCAUCAAGAUCGUGCUGCCCAGUAAGGCCAUCAAGAACGAGCGCAUCCUGGAGACGCUCAUGUUCCAGGCCAACUCGGGCAUGUACCGCAUCCAGGACAGCUACCUGGAGGCGUGCCAGCAGAAGAUGAGUCGUCAGGACUCCAAGUUCAGCAGCGAGUGGGGAUCUUUCGACAACGGUUUGUAGCGGGCCUUGUCGGCCGCGCAGGUCGUCAUACGCUUACGGACAGACAACUGGAUGUAGUCCUGAUCGUAUUUUUCGUAGGGUGUGCGUGCGGCUGAGGGGCGCUGCUUUUGAUGUGGUGGGAGCGGCUGUCUGCGCCGCGCGCCGGCGGUUGGCCUUCCGAUGCCAGCCGACCCUCCGCCGCG